CUAAGCCGCAUCCGGGUGACAAAAAUAGGGUAGAGUACAAUAGCACAGUGUUGUAGUAGUGUGCGACACUGCAAUGUCAGUCUUGGUGGGCUGUGCGCUCAUUUUAUGCGCUUAUCUGCUGGUGAGCCGGCCGAUGGUCAAGACACAGACUGUAUCUCCUGUUGAGUUCCUUCAAUGCAACAAGGUGGCAUGGCGUGUGCCAGGUCGCUAUAUAGUGGUGCUAAAUGAUGAGGGCGACGUGCACGGUAGUGUCAGGAGGCUGAGGAUGACUGCGGCCAGGAGAGGCCACCAAGUGGAGCUCCUCCGCACCUUCUUUUUCUCGGGAGCCCUACGAGGCUUCUUGAUCAAGAUGAGCAGCGAUGUCAUCCAACUGGCAAUGAUGCUCCCACACGUCCAAUAUGUGGAGGAGGAUUCCUUCAUCUUCGCUCAGAGCACCCCCUGGAACCUCCAAAAGUUACUGUGGCCUCACCAUGGCAGUACCUGGAAUAAUGCAACAUACAAUCCUCACAGUGAUGGCGGUUUAGUGGAGGUUUAUCUGAUGGAUGGUAGGAUACGGACUUCUCACAGAGACCUGCAAGGACGAGUGGUCACGACAGAUUUCGAUGGCAUACCUGAAGAAGAUGGAGUCAAAGCCGGUCGGUGUACCAGUCAUGGUACUCACAUUGCGGGCGUGGUGGGUGGUGCAGACUCGGGCGUGGCCAGAGGUGUUGCCAUCCGCUUGGUACGGGUGCUCAACUGUCGUGGCAAGGGGUCUGUGUCUGGGGCGCUCGCAGGGUUGGAGUACAUCCGGGCGGCUUUACACGGGCGUCCAACUAUCGUGUUGCUGCCUCUUGCGGGUGCCUUAAGCCGCUCCUUGAACGCAGCUUGUAGGGAGGUGGUGGCAAGUGGCUCCGUGGUCGUGGCCGCAGCUGGAAACUACCGGGAUGAUGCUUGUCUCUACUCACCGGCAUCUGAACACGAGGUAAUCACCGUUGGGGCGGUGGACCACUGGGACAGGCUAGUGGCGCAAGGAGCGGGCGGCACCAACUUUGGGCCCUGCGUAGACUUGUUCGCACCCGGUGAUGACAUCAUCAGUGCUAGCGGCGAAUGUGAUACCUGCUUCGCGGCCCGCGGUGGAACCUCAGAGGCGGCGGCACAUGUGGCAGGCAUCGCGGCAGUGAUUUUGUCAUCCAGUAAGAAAGCGUCACCACUGCAGGUUCUGCACGCGAUGUUACGUGACGCCACAGGUGCCAGAGUAGACUUCCGCCCGCUUUUGGGAAUGUAUAGCCUUAGCACCCCUAACAUGGUGGCUGCCAUGCCUGCUCCAAUGAACAACACCACAAACGUGGGGCUUCUGUGUCGCUCGGUGUGGUCAGAGAGGCUCGGACCCUUCAUCACCAAGACAGUCAGUCGCUGCCGUCAGGGGGAGCUGAUGAUGGGAUGCAGUAGCUACCACCCACACGGAAGAAGACCAGGCCAAACCAUUCACGGAAUACCCACUGGAGUGAUGGAGUGUGUGGCCCGCGGGGGUGUUCACGCUGUGGCCCGCUGCUGCAUCACGGACAGUCUGCAGAAUGGCCGUCUUGACAGCCUACAGCGACAUCUAGCAGGCUCUGAAUGCAGAGUGUCCAAACCACAUGUUCACCCAUUAUGUCCUCUGGGCUGGACCCGGACCGAGUGGCGGCCACUUGUUGGGGGCGACGCCGAGAGGGUUGACACUGACGGGGUGACAGUCUGCUGUCGGCGCAGGAGAGUGUAAAUUUGUGUACCUAUGGUGUAGCCAAUCAGUAGAAGGCAGCGUGAAAUCAAAUCAAGCAAUCAAGCUUGAUGAAGCAGCGGAUCAUCAGCUUGAUUGGAGUCGACCUGUUUAACAUUUAAGACUGCAUGUGGCUUUUUAGUUCAUCUUCUAUGCAGUUUUUGCUUGAUUAUUACAUUUAUUAAUCAAAUCCUUUUAAAGCUGUUAUUCUGGAGUACAUGAUGCUGGGUUGUGUUUUUAACAAGUCUAGAUUAAUAAACCCUCCAAAAUGAUCAAUAUUGUGGUCAUUUUCAUAUGUGAUUGGGGGCUAAAUGUCCAAAAUAUUAGAAAAGUGCUUACAUUGUGAAUAAAGUUGUAUAUAUUUUUAAAAUGAAACUAAUAAUGAACAAUAAUUUUAAAAUAAUAUUACAUCGUUUCAGGUUCAUGUUGUAUUAUAAACAUGAAGUCAUAAUUUUAUGACCGUCAAUCCAUUCAUGAAUAGUCUAAUAUAGCAGGAAUCAUCAUAAUUCUUAAAAAAUGUUAAGGAGAAAAGUUACGGUCAUUGUAGUCUUUUCAAUGAUUUUUUUGUACGUGGAACCCAACCUCACAAAAUCAAUUUGUUGGGAGUCUGAUUUCAAACCGAAGCAAUUUUUGUUUUUAAAACAAGUUCAAAUGAACUACGACCGCCUGGAUACCCAUACAAGAUGCGACGUAAAACUGCCACCUUCGGGAUAACUGGAGUAACUACACUAGUCUAGCUAUGUAAAUUGCCCCCAAGAACGGUCUGAGACGUAAGACAACCAGAGGAUAUAAUAUACAAGAAAGACAGGGCAUAUGGUGAUAAAGGAUAGCUUCUUGAAACAGGAGAAUGUCAUUGUCAGUGGCGUAAGGCAAUGCACACAAGAAAAAGGCAUCGAUAAAAAAGCUACCUCUGGAUAAGGUCUGCCUUUUCACCGUUUUUUUCAGCCCUUUGACACUUAAGCCAUCUCUUUAACUGAAGAUUUGUAUGUUAUUCCACAUUUUUAUCAGUGAAUUUGGGACCAGGGACAUAAUCUUCGGACUGAAUUGGUAGGUUUAGCUCAGUAAACAUCUCAUUUGUACACUAUUUACAUGCAUUUAGCAUUAGGGACAAGUGCAAGCUUCACUCGCCUAGCAACAGUUGCUAACGUCAUGAAUAUUAAUGAGCAAAAGUGACAUGUUGCGUGCAGAACGCCAUUAAUUAAUCAACCCUGAUAUGAAACAAACAAAAAAAAAAAAUUCCAUGGAAUGUAUCCACCAAAUUUGCUUCUAAUUCAGCCACGAGUAAUAUAGGAGUCAGUGGCGCCACCAGGGGGUGGCCAGGGGUGGCCACGGCCACACCUAUAAAUUGGUUGGCCACCCCACUGGCCACCCCACUUACUAGUAUAUCGUUAGAUUGUUGUAGCAUCAGUUGUGCAUUUCAUCCCAAAUGAGUGGAUUUACUUUGUUUUGAUAAAUGUAGGGCUGUCAAAUUUAUCGCAUUAAUGGGCGGUAAUUAAUUUUUUAAAAUUAAUCACUUGAAAAUAUUUAUCACAAUUAACCCAUUCAGAGUACGACUCAUUCACACAUUGCCGCAAACAGCCUACAAUGGCGUCGUUUUACUUCUAUACAGAGAUAAGAGGCAGUGUCAAGUGAGUGGAGUAGAUAAAAGCGUUCAUUGGGGCCGUGCUUUUAAUUGGCAAAAGCUUUGUCAUCUCUCCCACAGCAACUAUAAAUAUUGUGGGAAGCGACGUGGGGAAGAAUGACAAGAGUCGGAACUUUUUCUUGACACCCUCUAGUGUACCCAACGCAGAGAAGAAUAGCAUUUCCAGCCACCACACACAGUCAUGGUUGCACCACUUCCCAUCAUGUAUUUGGGCAGAACAGUUAAGUCGCUACAGUAUCAUUUACUGAAAGCUCAACAAAUACACUAGAAGGCAAUAUUUAGUCACAAUAUACAAACUAACAUUUAUCCUUUAAGAAUGACAAGGGUUUUGAAGUUUGUAUUUAUCUUUUUGUUUAUUUACUCAUUAUUUUGUUAUAUUGAUAUGCAUGUCCAGUUUUGAAUUAUAUGGAGGUACAUCUUAUGUAUAAAAUUCAUUGUAUUUUGAAUGUGUAGGGGU